AUGCCUCGCGUCGCACAAAGGGCGCGCCAGAGCGUUGGCAGCAGAGUCGCUGGAGACUCUCCCAUCAAGAUUCCCCUCAACGAUGACCACUCCGAGAAAAAGGGUCGGGCCAAGGAUCGACAAGCCCUCCAUGAGAAGCAAAUCAACGACCUGAAGGCCGCCGCAGCCACUCCGCUGCGCAAGGCCAGUUUCCGCAGAAGCGACUUUCAUGAUCAAUCACCCAGUUCUGACCCGCGGACGCCUUCGCGACGCGGGCAGCAGACCAUUGCCGAUGAUGAUGAGGUUCUCUACGUUGGAGGGAGCAGCGUCACUCCUAUGAAGCGGGUGCCUAUCCUCGCCAACUUUGAGGAGUGGAUGAAAAUGGCUACCGACAAUAAAAUCAAUGCUACAAACUCGUGGAAUUUCGCCUUGAUCGACUACUUUCACGACAUGUCUCUUUUGAAAGAAGGCGAUGGCGUCAACUUUCAGAGAGCCAGUUGUACACUAGAUGGUUGCGUCAAGAUCUACACCAGCAGAGUCGACAGUGUCGCAACCGAGACUGGUAAGCUAUUGAGUGGUCUCGCCGACAGCAAUAGCAAGAAGAAGGAUCGCGAAGAAGGCGAUGGCGAUGAAAGCGAGGAGGAAGUCGACGAAGACGGAAAUGUGAUUAGAAGGAAGAAACAAAAGAGACAACGAUCUUCUGAGGCGACGCUUGCACCAUCGUUCGCCUCUCUGCAACUAAAGAAGCUGGAACUCGAGUUUGCUGUGGACCCCCUCUUCAAGAAGGCAUCGGCAGAUUUUGAUGAGGGAGGUGCCAAGGGUCUUCUUCUGAACCAUCUCAUGAUCGACGGCCAAGGUCGUAUUGUGUUCGACAGCAGUGACGAUGCCGACGAUGCUGCUGCAGGGCGGAUCAAGCCGCGACGUAGGGAAGAUGUUACCGAGGAGGACGAAGAGAUGCUCGAGGACAUAGAAGAGGAUGUGACCAUGACUGGUCAGGAGCCCGAGCCAGAGGAAGAAGAUGUAGAGAUCGAUAUCGGCUCACUCGGCGCUAAAUUCUUCCCGGACCUUGGUAUCCUUGACAGCCAAGAUGUUUGCCCUUCGCUCAAGACCUUUGACUUGGGAGACCCUUCCGGAUCAUUGGACAUUCCCUUCCUGCGCGCCCCAGAAGAUUGGACGCAAAGCAAAGACGAUGAGACUGAGGACGGACGUGCUGCUGGCGACAAGUCUGGAAUGUUUAUCGAUGACGAUAACCCUCUGGGCUUCGACGACAUGACAGCAAUGGCGCUUGAUCCACAGAUGCGCCCGUACAACGCCCCAACUGAGGACGGAAUGGGUGCUGAUAAUUCAGGGUUCGACGAUGAGAACGGCGACUAUAUGGUGCGCAUGGCUCAUGGUAAGGGCUCUGACAAGACGCAUGAAGAUAUUCUCAGCUAUUUUGACCAAGCCCUACAAAAGAAUUGGGCUGGGCCGGAACACUGGAGAAUCAGAAAGAUCAAGGAUGCCAACAAGACGGAGCCUACCCGCCAGCGCAAGGAAAAGGAGCCCUUCGAGAUUGAUUUUGCCUCGCCUCUUGAUAUUAAGCUCGGAGAGCAAAUCUAUACACAAGCAAGCAGCAACUCUGCCAUUUCCAUGCCCAAGAAGGAUUGGAAAUCAAAAACCAGGAAUCUUCUUCCCGACGAUAAACACUUCAAUUCGAAGCAGCUCCUGAGCCUCUUCUUGAAGCCCAAGGCGCGCCUAAGCAGCCGGAGACGCCUCAACAAGAGUGGCAUGUUUGGAAAUACCGGCCACCAGGAUAAUAUUCCUGAAGGUGAAAUGGACGAGGCUUUCUGGGCGAACAAGGAACCAGUACAGAGUAUGGAACAAGACGACACAGCCAUGCCCAAGGGCGACUACGACGCCAACUUUUUCGACGAUGAAAUGCCCCUGCCUGGGGGUGGUCUUCUGGAUGAUGACGACGAUAUGGAGUUUGCUGAUGCAAGAGAUCACUUUUCUCCUGGACUCACUAUGGGUGGAUUUGGCACCCAGUUGGUAACUUCUACCCGUCGUCUGCGGCCCGAAUAUGUACAAUAUGCCCGCGUGGCCAAGAAGGUCGAUGUACGGCGGUUGAAAGAAGAAUUAUGGAAGGGUAUUGGCUUUGAAAAGCUCGACGAUCAGCUACCUCCUACACCAGCAGAGGGAUCUCCAGCCGUCGAGGAUACGCCGGCAGCAGAUACCACGCUCAAAUUUACAGACGUCAUGAACGACUUGCAAUCAGUAUACGCCAAGCCAGUCAUGGACGACAUCUCGACGAGUUUCUGCUUCAUCUGCUUGUUACAUUUGGCCAACGAAAAGGGCUUGGUCAUUGAAAAUACACCAGAGCUCAUGGAGUUGGAUAUCAGGAAAGACUGGAAUGCAGAGGUCUCUGAGGAAGGCUAA